AUGACAGAUAUUUCUUCAAUUCUUCAAGGUGGAUAUCAUCAUCCGACGAUACGUGAAUGGCAAUCUGAGCGUGUUCUCCGAAAAUCCUCGUUAAUGUAUCCGAUUUUUGUGAGUGAUGUCCCGGAUGCCGAGGAAGAAAUUUCAACAUUGCCGGGUCAAAAGAGAUGGGGAGUAAACACACUUCCGAAACUCUUAUCACCCCUGGUCAAAAAAGGAUUAAAAUCUGUGAUUAUUUUCGGUGUGCCUGUCAAAACGCCAAAGGAUGCGACUGGUUCAAUUGCAGACGAUCCAAAUGGCCCGGUAAUACAAACGGUGAAAUUGAUUCGUCAUGAGUAUCCUGAUUUGUUUGUCGCUUGUGAUGUGUGCCUUUGCGAGUAUACUGAUCAUGGGCAUUGUGGGUGGUUGAAUCAAGAUGGCACACUCGACAAUAUUGCAAGUGUGAAGCGAUUAGCAGAGGUAGCCAUAAAUUAUGCGAAAGCUGGCGCUCAUUGUGUUGCCCCCUCAGAUAUGAUGGAUGGACGAAUAAAAGCGAUUAAAGAGUCAUUGAUUCGUGAAGGAUUAAGUAAUAAAGUCACGCUUAUGAGUUACAGCGCAAAGUUCGCUAGUGCCUUUUAUGGACCAUUUCGAGACGCUGCGAAUUCUGCACCAACAUUUGGUAACCGCAAGUGUUACCAAUUACCACCGAAUUCACGUGGAUUAGCACGGCGGGCUAUCAUUCGAGAUCUUGGUGAAGGUGCAGAUAUCAUAAUGGUGAAACCCGGAUUACCAUACCUAGACAUUCUCCGCGACGCCAAAGAAUUAAGCCCAAAUGUUCCGAUAGCCGUGUACCAAGUGUCGGGCGAAUUCGCCAUGAUUUAUCGUGCGGCCGAGGCUGGCGUUUUUGAUUUGAAGGUGGCGGUUCUUGAAAGUGCGAAUCUUAUUUUGACGUAUUAUACCCCGCAGUUGCUGGAUUGGUUAGAGAAUUGA